AUGUGUGUUGGAAUUGGUAUCCUUACAAUAAUUUUGAUCGCUUUGGUAUCUUGGUCAUGCCAUCGACUUGAGAAAAGAAAGCAAAGCAUACUAAAGCAAAGGCAUUUUAAAAGAAAUGGUGGAUUAUUACUAAAACAAAAAAUCUCGACAAAUGAUGGCAAAGUUGAAAAUGCAUCUACUAUCUUUCUUAAAGAAGAUUUAGAAAAGGCAACUGAUAAUUUUAACCAAAAUCGUAUUAUUGGUAAAGGAGGCUUCGGCACGGUUUAUAAGGGUAUGUUGUCAAACGGCAGGAUAGUAGCUAUUAAGAAGUCUAAACUGGUGGAAGAAAACCAAGUUGAUCAGUUCAUUAAUGAAGUUGUCCUUCUUUCGGAUAUAAACCAUAGACAUAUAGUGAAACUGCUAGGUUGUUGUUUAGAAACCGAAGUCCCAUUGUUGGUUUAUGAGUUCGUCUCUAACGGGAGUCUCUCAUCCCAUCUUCACGGUGAGGAUGGUCAUGAAUCUUCAAUAUCAUGGAAAGAUCGAUUAAGAAUUGCGUCGGAGAUUGCAGGAGCACUAGCGUAUUUACACUCCGAAGCUUCUAUACCGAUCUUUCAUAGAGAUAUUAAACCCGAUAACAUACUCCUAGAUGAGAAUUUCAAGUCUAAAGUGUCUGAUUUUGGACUAGCUAGAUCCUUUCCAGUAGACAAAACUCACGUAACAACAAAGGUGCGAGGAACACUGGGUUACUUAGACCCAGAAUACUAUUAUUCUGGUCAAUUUACAGAGAAGAGUGACGUUUAUAGUUUUGGAGUACUUCUUGUUGAGCUUUUAACCGGCCAGAAAGUUGUAUCGAAUAUGAGAACUGAACCAAACUUAGCAUUUCAUUUCUUGACAACAAUGAAGCAGAAUCAAUUGUCUACGAUUUUAGCAGCUAGAGUGGUUAAUGAAGGAGAUAAAGAUGAGAUUUUGGUUAUUUCUAAGCUUGUAAAGAGAUGCUUGAAGCUGAAUAUCAAAAAAAGGCCAAUUAUGAAAGAAGUGGCAAGUAGUUUGGAUGGGUUGAAAAAGUUUCGAGAGCCUUCAAUGGUCGAUGAACAAGACAAUAUCCUAGAAGAACAAGCUUGUCAUUUGCCGAUAUCUUUAACAAGCAGAAUAUUUGAGAUACAAAGAUUUGAAACUGCUGAUUCGUGCAUUUUAUCUGGAGAUACAGCGGAUUUUGAAAGUACAAAAUCCAGCAGCAGAAGAUACUCAAUAACUAGCUAGCUGGUGAACUUUAAUAUAUUGUAUUUGAUAUUUUUCUUUGACAUCUUCUAUAAUCUGCAAAUUUUGUUUAUCAAUAGAUACACUU